AUGCCAUGGAAAAAGGGGUACCGGAGAUCUGAGGUGGCUAAGAGGCGCAUGGCUGUUGUCAGCAAUGCAGAGCCUCUUGUCAAAAGAGCUGCAUAUGAGGUUGAGCCUCCUCCCAAAAGUGCUUCAUUACCAAAUGAGGUUCAGCCUCCUCUCAAAAGUGCUCCAAAAAGACAUGAGGUUCAGCCUCCUCUCAAAAGUGCUCCAAAAAAACAUUGUCACAAAAUAACUGUCAUUGAGAAAGUCCAUGUGACUGCCAAUCAAACUGUCAAUGAGAAAGUCCAUGUGACUGCCAAUGAAGCUGAUAAAGGGAACUCCCAGAAGCCAAAGUUGGAAGCGCAUUCAUAUGAAACAUUGGAGAUGGAGUUCCAGGAUGUGUUGAAUGAACUGGAAGGAGAGACAAGUCUGGCGAAGUUCAGAGUAGAAUAUGAAAAGCUAAUCACAACCUUGAAGAAAUCACAUGAGAAUGAAAAGAGGCUGAUGACAAAAUGUCGAGAGCUGAAAGCAGAGAUAAGCGCUAACUCUGUCAAAGUGGUGACGGCGCUGAAGCUAUCUCAUGAGGACCAGACCACCAUUAUUUCACUAAAAAAGGAAAUCGAAAAGGCUUGGGAAAUGGUGGAUGCGGCACAUGAAAAGGAGAAGUUGAAUAAAGACAAAAUUAAGACUCUACAGGAGGAAAUAAACACUCUUACUGAACUUGUUGAGCAAGCUGCUACUUUAUCCACAGCUGACAAACAGAGCGUGGGCAAUCUAUUGAAAAUGAAAGAGCAGUUGAUGGCUGAGAGAGACGAGCUGCUCUCAGAGCUGGUGACUCUCAGAGACAGUUUUGAAAACGCCGAAACCAAGCAACAUGAGGCUGAGGAAGAGAACAUGAAGGCCCAGGAUACCAUCUUACAGCUGCAGCAGGAUAUCCAGGUGCGUCAGAACGAGUGCUUGAGGGAAACCCGUCAGAAAGAGAAGCUGGAGAAGGAACUGAAACAGGUUCGCGCAGAAGUUCAAGCCCAGCAGGUGGAAAUUAAAAUGCUAAGCGCACAAUGCCAGUGUGGCAGUGAUGAGCAGCAGAGGCUGGAGCAGCAACUUCAUGAGCAAAAGAUUCUGAACGAGAGAGUCUCUAAGGAGCUGGAGCAGCUGAAUAUGCGCAACACCAAACUCCAGCAGGAAAACGAACAGAACUUGCUCAGCUUAGAGCAGAUCACCUCUGAAAAUAGCCAACGAGCCACUGAACUGAAGCUGGAGAGAGAGGAGGUGGCUCAGAUGAAGCAGGAGAUUUCUAAGCUUAUUAAGAUAAGGGAUGCCACUCAGAAGAAGCUAUGCCUGAUGGAGGACCAGAAACUGGAAGUGGAACAGCAGCGGGAGAUACUGAAGAACCAGAUCACAGGCCUGCAUAAAGAAAUGGAGAUGAACCAAAGACAGACAGAGAGUUACAAGAAGAAAAUAGAUGAACUGAUCAGAAAGAAAGACAUGCUGAAUAAGAAAUUGAUCAAGGCAGCAAAUGCCACCGAGAAACAGAUAAGCUUGGUGAUGCUGCAUGAGCAGACGAAGAAGACGCUGGAACAGGAAAUUCUGAAUCACCAAGAUGAGGCACAGAAACAGCGCAAGAUCACUUUUCAGCUGGAAAAGGAGCGUGAUCGCUACAUCAACAAAGCUAGGGAGCUCACACAGAAGGGCUUAUCACAUAUGGAGGAUCUCAAAGUGCGAGAGAUGGAGAUAUUUGAAUAUAAGAAGAAGAUCGCUGAGGCAGAGACGAAGCUCAAGCAGCUGCAGAAUCUGUAUGAGGCCAUCAGGGCCGAACGUAACAAAUACAGCAAGAAUCUGCUUGAUGCUCAGCAUGAAAUCAUGGAUAUGAAGCGCAAGAUUAAAUCCAUGAGCCAAGAGACUGGUCAGCUCACAGAGGAGAUCAAGAGCAAAGAGGCAGCACUGGUCAAAGAACAUCUCGAUUUUCUGCGAAUAGAGAAAGUAAAAGAGGCUCUUAAGGUUGAGCUUCAGAAGAUUAAGAAGCAGGCUCAAGAGACCAAGCAGGUUAUGGACAAGCAGAAGUCAGAAGAGCAAAAGCUACUGAAAAUCAUAGCAGAUGCUGAAGCUGAGAAAGUGCAGCAGAAGAAAGAACUGGAUCAGGUAAUCAGUGAGCGGGACAUUCUCGGGACUCAGCUGGUGAGGAGGAACAAUGAACUGUCAUUACUUUAUGAGAAGGUCAAGAUACAGCAGUCCAUUCUGAACAAAGGCGAUAUCCAGUACAACCAGAGAGUGGAGGAUAUCCGUCUGCUCCUGAUUGAUAUCAAGAAGAUGCGAGGGGAGAAGGCAGUCCUCAUCCGAACUGUAUCCAAUGUGGACGACCUCAGGAGUGAGGUGCACCACAUUCAAAAGGAGCUGCUUAAGGAACGAGCAAGAUAUAAAAGCUUGCAAGAAGAGCUCGAAAAUCCCAUGAAUGUUCAUCGCUGGAGAAGACUGGAGGGGAGUGACCCAUGCACCUUUGAGCUGAUCCAGAAGACUCAAUCUCUUCAGCAGCACCUGAUGGACCAAACCAAAAUGGUAGCGAAGAAAGAGUUUCUGCUCAAGGAGAAGGAGAAGGAGUGUAUUGAAAUGAAGCACAAAUUAGCUCGUAUGCCCGGUCCAGAGGCAGCCAAACAACUCAGGAAAACUCAGCAAACACUGAAGGAAAAGAACAAACAGCUCAUGAUGCUGUCAGUUGAAGUCAACAUGUACAAGUCUCAGGCAAUGGAGUACAAGAAAGAGAUUGAGCAACUGCACGAAGAGUUAAAGAUCGUGAAGAAGAAGUACUUUGCGCAGAAAUGCAAGGAUCAAAAGUAA